CAUUAUUGUCGCUGGCAAUAGAAAGACUCUGGUCAUUCUACUUUAAAAAACAAACAUCAGCAUCUGCUUUUCCUGGAAACUUCGCUUUCUGCUUAAACCUUGUGCAUUUUGCCUCCUGUGAAAGUGAAAGAGAAAAACGCGGUGUGAUAGAUCCAGAUGCAAAAGAAAGCCAACUCGGUGGAUGUAUUAGCUGUGACGAGGCAUUGUUCAUUGCUGCCUCUCGGUUACGUUUAAAGCCUGAAAUAUCACGAGAUCCAUUCAAUGAUCCUUCUCUCAUUCAAGGGACAAAAAUGUAAUUUGCUGUAGCUCUGAUUUCUUGGAUGGAAAUGCUAGCCUUAGAUUUCAAAGGCAAGAACUAGACAUCGCGGUUUGUACACACAUUGAUUAAGUUGAAGAGCGGUGAUUACAUCUGUGCUGAGUGCAACAGUAGUCCAGGGCUGACUUUUCAAAUCCCAACCUCCUGAGUUACAGACUCUCUUAAAUAGACUUCCUUAAUUUCCGGAUGCACUUCUUGAAAUUCCCAAUUCUCUUCAAAAUUCCUGGGAAAUUACAAAGGAGAUGAGGGUGGGGGUGGGGAACCGUGGCCGAGAUUUCAUCUUGUCAAGCAAACUACCUUUUUGUAUGUCUGAUUCCUCUGUUUUUAUCUCUUUUUUUUCUUUUUUGAGCCAUACCUGCCUGUGCUAGCCAGACCAGAGCAGAGGAAGCUGGAACUUUUGAAUGUGAAGAAAGAAAUUAUUGUACAAUUUUUUUGCAGGCUCAGAAAUAUCCGUUUAUUCUUUUAAUCAUGCGGAUGUGUCUAUUUUUGGAGGAACAAGGAAACAUAUAAAUGCCUGGGUUGCAUUUAUGUUGUAGUUGCAAACAUAGAACAGUUAAGAAGAUUUUGCCGAAUUUUGCAACGCAGCCAACAAACCGCCUUGGGAUCGUGGUAAUGCAACUGGGAAGACCCUUGCUCUCAUUUGGCAAUAUUUUGGAUAUUCUUGAAAACGACACCAAGAUAUGCCUUAAUUUGACUAAGAAGAGGUUAAACCACACUGCUAUUCAUCCAAAGUGAUUUUGUUAUAGCAGAUGCUUGGCUUUCAUGGAAAAACUGGGAGUUGUAGAAGAUUCACCUAAACUACCAACCAAAGCAUCAUAGACCACUGAAAUGGCCUGCAUCGUACAUCAGCACUUUCUUUUCAUCCUUAUUACGUAAAACCUCUGGAAGCACCUUGGGCGUUUGACAUUUUCUUUUCUUUGCUGCAGAAGGAAGCAAUCUGCUCCCUGGAAUUCUGACCUGUCGUGAACAGGACCCUGGCAAAGGCUGUGCUGGGGACUCCAGGACGAUCCCGCCUCCAAUCCAGCCCGGUUAAUUGUGAAAAGUGUACACAUUUCUGGCUUAUCUAUGCUUUGUUAUGGCUCUGACGUGAAACUACCUCCUCCCCAGCCCACCCCCCAGCAGAGAACCGAAAUCCAGUUGAAUUGUUACAGUGUGUCGGAGCUGGAGCCUUGAACUGCUUCCUUGGUCAAAUAACUUUGUUUCUGGUUGUAAAAAGGCAUUUCAGGAAAAAAGAAAAAAAUAAAAGAAAAGGAAAAUCCAGAGAAAUUCCAAACCAGGAUGCCUUGAGACACACGCAGCAUCUGGCGGAGGAUUAACAUACAUACAUGUGUAUGUAUGCGUCACGUAUAUAUUUACUGCAAAUGGUGGGGAUCAUUUAGUGCCCGAGAUGGGAGACCUGAAGUCAGGUUUUGAAGAGGUGGAUGGCGUGAGGCUCGGCUACCUCAUCAUUAAAGGAAAGCAAAUGUUUGCCCUCUCCCAAGUCUUCACGGAUCUGCUGAAAAACAUCCCGAGGACGACCGUGCACAAGCGCAUGGAUCAUCUGAAAGUGAAAAAGCACCACUGCGAUCUGGAGGAGUUGCGGAAACUCAAGGCAAUCAACAGCAUCGCCUUCCACGCCGCCAAAUGCACGCUCAUCUCCCGGGAAGACGUGGAGGCGCUCUACACCUCCUGCAAGACCGAGCGCGUCCUCAAGACCAAGCGCAGGCGGCCCGGCCGGGCCCUGGCCAGCAAGGCGCCGCCGCCGGAGCGCGCGGCCGCCGCGGGCCCCCGCGCGGGCUUCUGGAAGGACAGGCAGCAACUUUGGCGGGGCCUGAGCGGAGCCGCGCGGCCCCUGCCAAUCAGCGCGCAGGCCCCGCGCCCGGGCGCCGCCGCCGCGCGCCCCGCCGCCCAUCUACCUCAGCUUUUUAGCAAGUACCCGGGCUCGCACUACCCGGACCUCGUGCGCUCGCCUUGCAAACCCCCUCUGAACUAUGAAACUGCCCCGCUCCAGGGAAACUACGUCGCGUUCCACUCGGACCCCGCUUAUUUCCGGAGCCUGCUGUGCAGCAAGAACCCCGGCCGCCGCCGCCGCCGCCGUGCCGCCGCCGCCGCCGCCGCCGCCGCCGCGGCCGCCUACUACCAGGCGUCGGCGGCCGGGCCCCAGCCCAAGGCGGCGGCGGGCGGGGGCCCGGCGAGCCUGGGCUACCGCUGCAGGCGCAGGCGCGGGCCCGCCAAGGACUGCCUGCUCGCGCCCCACGCCGGCGCCCGCCGCCUGCUGCUGCUGCCCAGGUCCUACAAAGCCAAGGCGGCCGCGGCGGCGGCGGCAGCGGCGGCGGCGGCGGCGGCCGCCGGAGCCACUUGCCUGGAGAGGUUCCAUCUGGUCAACGGCUUCUGCCCGCCUCCCCACCACCACCACCACCACCACCACCACCAUCACCACCACCACCACCGCGCCCAGCAGCCGCCGCCGGGGCACCACCCCCCUCACCACCACCGGCCGCAGCCCCAUCUGGGCAGCUUUCCCGAGAGUUGCAGCAGCGACUCCGAGUCCAGCUCCUACUCGGACCAUGCCGCCAACGACUCGGAUUUUGGCUCCAGUUUGUCCAGCUCCAGCAACUCCGUGUCCUCGGAGGAAGAGGAGGAGGAGGGAGAGGAGGAGGAGGAGGAAGAGGAGGAGGAAGAGGAGGAGGGGGGCAGCGGGGCCUCGGAUUCCAGUGAAGUCAGCUCGGAGGAGGAGGACUCGUCCACGGAGUCGGACUCCAGCUCCGGCUCCAGCCAAGUGUCAGUGCAGAGCAUCCGUUUCAGGCGCACCAGCUUCUGCAAGCCUCCCAGCGUGCAGGCGCAGGCCAACUUCUUGUACCAUCUGGCCUCCGCCGCCGCUGCAACCAAACCCGCUGCUUUCGAGGAUGCCGGCAGACUUCCCGGCCUCAAGAGCAGUGUCAAAGCGGAGUCGCCGGAGGAGUGGAGUCUGCAGAGCUGGGCCCCCAAAGCGUCUCCGGUGUACUGCCCGGCCAGCCUGGGGAGUUGUUUCGCCGAGAUAAGGAACGAUAGGGUAUCGGAGAUUACAUUCCCACACUCUGAAAUUUCCAGUACUGUAAAGAGAACUGACCUGACAAUUAACUGCCUGGCAGAGGGGGCCUCUUCACCUAGCCCAAAGACAAACAAUGCAUUUCCACAACAAAGAAUACUCCGAGAGGCUAGGAAAUGCCUACAAGCAACUCCUACUGCACACUGUGCAGAUAACAACACAAUUGCUGCUAGGUUCUUAAAUAACGAUUCUUCAGGAGCUGCAGCGAAUCCAGAAAAAGAUUCCAAAAUCCUUCAUUGUCCUGAAUUUGCUACGGAUUUGCCCUCUUCGCAAACGGAUCCUGAAGUGAAUGCAGCAGCACCAGCAACUAAAGCUGAGAACCCCUGCACUGACACAGGCGACAAGACGUUGUCAUUUCUGCACAAUAUUAAAAUCAAAGUAGAAGACAGUAGUGCUAAUGAAGAAUACGAACCUGACCUUAUUACAAAUAAGCUAAAGUGCGAGUGCAAUGAUACAAAGGGUGAGUUUUGCAGUGUGACUGAAAGUAAAGAGGAGGACGCCUUGUUAACCACAGCCAAGGAAGGUUUUGCAUGCCCUGAAAAAGCAGCUCCUUCCUUAAAUCCACUGGCUCAGAGUCAGGGCCUUUCAUGCACUUUAGGUUCUCCAAAACCUGAGGAUGGGGAAUAUAAAUUUGGUGCCAGGGUGAGAAAAAAUUACCGGACACUAGUACUGGGAAAGCGACCUGUCCUUCAGACACCUCCAGUCAAACCAAAUUUGAAAUCAGCUAGAAGCCCUCGUCCUACAGGUAAAACUGAGACACAUGAAGGAACACUGGAUGAUUUUACAGUCAUAAACAGACGCAAAAAGGUAGCCAGCAAUGUAGCAUCAGCAGUGAAAAGGCCAUUUAAUUUCAUGGCAAAUUUUCCUUGUCCACCAUCACUCAUUAUUGGGAAGGAUGGGGAUUUGUGGCCGGCGUAUUCCUUAAACACCACUAAGGAUUUCCAACCUCCUCACAAGGCCCAUCCUAUAUGGAAAUGGCAGCUGGGCGGUUCUGCAAUACCUCUUCCACCUAGUCACAAAUUCAGGAAAUUUAAUUCAUAAAAAUGUUUUGGAAGAUAUUUUCUUGAACCAUAUUACCUUCCUUUUGUUGUAAACUGCACAGGAUGGUUUGUACAAGUCCAUUAAUGUGUUACACCCCCUUUGGAGUCCUGGUUUAUCGCAUUUUGAAGACAGAAAUCGGAUUACUUUUUUUUUUUCAU